AUGGCUGAAGAACGAACUGAACGAUCCGAUGGAAAGAUAGUAAAAAUGGAGGUUGAUUACAGUUCGACUGUUGACCAGCGGCUUCCCGAAUGCGAUAAAAUGUCCAAAGAUGGGAAACUGCAGGAAGCCGUUGAGAGUUUGCUGUCAUUGGAGAAACAAACGCGAACGGCAUCAGACAUGAUGUCUACUUCUAGAAUACUUGUUGCUGUGGUCCAGAUGUGCUUUGAAGCCAAGGACUGGGAUGCCCUGAAUGAAAACAUUAUGCUGCUGUCCAAAAGGAGAAGUCAGCUCAAACAGGCUGUUGUCAAAAUGGUUCAAGAGUGUUACAAGUAUGUGGAUACCAUCUCUGAUUUGACCAUCAAGCUUAGGCUCAUUGACACACUGCGCACAGUGACAGCCGGAAAGAUUUAUGUUGAGAUUGAGCGUGCCAGACUAACCAAGACCUUGGCAUGCAUCAAAGAACAGAGUGGCGAUGUUAAAGAGGCAGCCUCUAUUCUUCAGGAGUUGCAGGUUGAGACUUACGGUUCAAUGGAGAAGAAGGAAAAAGUGGAGUUCAUUUUGGAACAAAUGAGACUUUAUGAGGGCACAGAGGAGUUGAAACUGAAGUACUACGACCUGAUGAUUCAAGUUGAUCAACAUGAGGGGUCAUACCUGGCUAUCUGUAAACAUUAUCGUGCCAUCUAUGACACCCCUUGUAUUUUGGAGGAUAGUAGCAAGUGGCAGCAGGCUCUGAAAAGUGUGGUGCUGUACGUCAUUCUCUCUCCCUAUGACAAUGAACAGUCUGACUUGGUGCACAGAAUCAACACAGACAAGAAACUUGAGGAAAUUCCCAAAUACAAGGACCUUUUGAAGCAGUUCACCACAAUGGAGCUGAUGCGCUGGGCUUCUCUUGUGGAAGAUUAUGGUAAAGAACUGAGAGAGGGCUCCUCUGACAGCCCUGCCACAGAGGUGUUCUCUUGUUCUGAAGAGGGAGAGAAAAGGUGGAAGGACUUGAAGAACAGAGUUGUGGAGCAUAACAUCAGAAUAAUGGCUAAAUACUACACAAGAAUUACAAUGAAAAGAAUGGCAGGACUCCUUGACCUCUCCAUAGAUGAGUCUGAAGAGUUCUUGUCCAACCUUGUUGUAAACAAGACUAUCUAUGCCAAGAAAGUAAAGCUAGGUGGUUUGUCCCAAGUCAUGGCGGACAGGAGAGCGGAGAAGUCAUGUGAAGAAGCCAGUAGAUCGUUAGCGCGGCGGGAAUACGAGGCGGCUGUGAGCCACAGCUCGGCUGCACUGGUGGCCCUUGCACCCCAGAACUCUGCACCUGAAGCUCCAGAGGCUCCUGGCUCACCAGCCCUCAGCACGCCUCUCAGCAGCCGUGCUCUGCUGUACCGCAUUGCUGCCUCACUGCAGCUCAAAAAAUAUGAUGAUGCUGAUGAAGAUUGCAAACACGUCUUGGCAGAAGAUGUGUCCAGGGGAGAGGGUUUGCUUCAGGCCAGCCUACGUGCCAUGUUGUUGGAUGGCAGUCUACAGGAGGUGGCCAGCAUUCUCUCAAAAACCUUGUUUGGUGAAGCACUGAAUGGUAUAGUUUCAAGAGACUUAACAAGGUUAAAAAUGCUCUUCUCUGAAGUAGAGGCUGUAAAUACUGAGAUGGCGUCAGAAUCCACUGAAGACCAAGACGAAGAGCUCCAAGAUGGCUGGCAGUUCCGGCCUCCUCCUCGAGGAGUCACCAGCAGUGAGGAGUACACCCUCUGUAAAAGGUACUUGGAGCAGGGCCUGUGCAGAUAUGGAGCUCAGUGCACAUCAGCGCACUCGCAGGAGGAGCUCAUGGAGUGGCAGAAGCGAUACGCCUCGCGCCUCAUCCGCCUCAAACAGCAACAAGAGAGCAAACAUUUCACAGAGAACUACAUGGAAACACUGAUAGAGAAGUGGAUGAACUCGCUGUCUCCUGAGAAAGUGCUAAGUGACAGUUUAGAAGGAGUGAAUGUACAAACCAGCUCCAGCCUCUCAGUGACAGUCACCACCAAAAAAUCAUCCCAUUCCUGGACCUUUUCUCUGUUGUGCAAGCCUGCAAGAAAGUUGCACCGAAUCGCCUUGCUCUAUGAUGCACAUAGGCCACAUUUCUCAAUCAAUGGAGUUUGCUCUGGGGAACAGCUGCAGGCGGUCACCAGCGGGUGCCAAGAGUGGACUGCUACAGAGGAAACAUCAGACAAUGGCCUUGACCACUGUAUCUACAAGGUGGCAGUGGGUUUUACCACAGAGAUAUUUGGUACCUUUCGACAGACAAUUGUGUUUGACUUUGGGUCAGAACCUGUACUUAUGCAGAGAAUAAUGGUGGAUGCAGCCUCAAUUGAAGAUCUUGAACAUCUUAUGGCUGCAAGACAGCAGCUUCUGAUAACUGCAAGGCGCUGGGAUUCGUCUUGUAAGACCAUUGUGGAGUUUACUCCAAAUGAGACAAUGGCAGACCUGGAGCGGAGCCUGCUGUCCCGUUACCAGAUCCCCUUGUCUGCGGACCAGCUCUUCACCCAGUCUGUCCUGGACAAGACCCUCACCAAAGAUAACUACCAAGCCCGACUGCAUGACUUGCUCUAUAUAGAGGAGAUUGCGCAAUACAAGGAAGUUAGCAAAUUCAACAUCAAAGUCAACCUCCAGCUUGUCACAAGCUUUAUGCUUACAGGCAUUGCAGUUGGUGCAAAGUAUGCCCAAAAUGGGCAACUCUUUGCACGCUUCAAACUUACAGAAACGUUGUCUGAGGACACAUUAGCGGGACGGCUCGUGAUGACCAAGGUGAACUCUGUCUUGGUUUUACCUUUGGGUCGUGAAGGUGCUUGCUGCCAACCGCCUCCUGGUGUCAAAGAGCGUGUCUAUGAGGCUGUGAUUGAGGAGAAGACGAAAGACUACAUCUUCCUUAGGAUCUGCAAGGACUGUUGUGAAGAGCUCGGUCUGCUACCUGACAGAGAGUUACAGGUGGAGCUUCAGUUCCAGCUGAACAGACUGCCACUGUGUGAAAUGCACUAUGCCCUGGAUCGUGUUAAAGACACCACCAUCUUGUUUCCUGAUUCCAGCCUUGUCCCAACAAUCCCCUGGAGCCCCAACAGGCAGUGGGAUGAACAGCUGGACCCACGUCUAAAUGCCAAACAGAAGGAAGCGAUCCUCGCCAUCACCACCCCUGUGACUGUGCCCCUGCCUCCAAUUCUCAUCAUUGGACCUUAUGGCACAGGAAAAACCUUCACGCUGGCUCAGGCUGUCAAACACAUCCUUCGGCAGGACGACAGCAGGGUCCUCAUCUGCACACACUCCAACAGUGCAGCUGACCUUUACAUUAAGGACUACCUUCAUCCUUAUGUUGACGCAGGAAAUGCACAUGCCAGACCUCUCAGGGUAUAUUUCAGGAAUCGCUGGGUGAAGACUGUGCACCCAGUCGUCCAGCAGUACUGUCUCAUCUCUGGGACACACCACAUGUUCCAGAUGCCCACUCGGGAGGACGUCCUGAGGCACCGUGUUGUGGUGGUCACUCUCAGCACAUCCCAGUACCUCUGUCAGCUCGACCUUGAGCCCGGGCUCUUCACUCAUAUCCUCCUUGAUGAAGCAGCGCAGGCGAUGGAGUGCGAGACGAUUAUGCCUUUUGCCCUAGCUAACAAAUCUACUCGUAUAGUGUUGGCUGGAGAUCACAUGCAGCUCAGUCCCUUUGUGUACAGCGAAUUUGCCCGAGAACGCAAUCUGCAUGUGUCCCUGUUGGAUCGGCUGUACGAGCACUAUCCCCUGGAGUUUCCCUGCCGCAUUCUCCUCUGUGAAAACUACAGGUCCCACGAAGCCAUUAUCAACUACACAUCGGAAUUGUUUUAUGAUGGGAAGUUGAUGGCGAGUGGGAAGCAGCCAUCGCAUAAGGACUUCUAUCCACUGACUUUUUUCACGGCCAGAGGAGAAGACGUGCAGGAGAAGAACAGCACUGCCUAUUACAACAACGCAGAGGUUUUUGAAAUCGUGGAACGAGUGGAGGAGCUCAGAAAAAAAUGGCCGGUGGCUUGGGGCAAGCUGGACGAAGGUAGUAUUGGCGUAGUGUCGCCAUACGCUGACCAGGUGUUCCGGAUCAGAGCAGAACUAAGAAAGAAGAGGAUGCAUGAAGUCAGCGUGGAGAGAGUCCUCAAUGUUCAAGGCAAACAGUUCCGAGUGCUGUUCCUCAGCACAGUGCGAACCAGAUACACCUGCAAGCACAAGCAGACGGCCAUCAAGCGGAAAGAGCAGCUGGUGGAGGACUCAACGGAGGAUCUGGACUAUGGCUUUCUCUCAAACUACAAGCUCCUUAACACGGCCAUCACCAGAGCACAGUCCCUGGUCGCUGUAGUGGGAGACCCCAUAGCGUUGUGCUCUGUUGGACGCUGCAGAAAGUUUUGGGAACACUUUAUUUCCAUCUGUCACCAAAACUCCAGCCUGCACGGCAUCACCUUUGAGCAGAUAAAAUCUCAGCUUGAAGCUCUUGAGUUGAAGAAGACCUACGUCCUUAACCCUUUGGCCCCAGAGUUCAUCCCUCGUGCUUUGAGGCCUCUGCAGGGGCACCACUCUGCCCCCCAGUCCCUCCACCCACACCACCACCACCCCCUGCCUGUGUCCAACAAGCAGCAACUGCAGUCUCAGCAAUCCCCUCCCAAGGGAAAACAUUCAAAUCAUUCUGACCACCUUCCUCCUGAUGGAUAUGUUCAACCCAGUCCAGCUGUGCUCAUGGGAAACCCCAUACGACCCUACACACCCCCAUUAGGCAAAUCCCCAAGUCCCGUUCAGAGAAUAGACCCUCACACAGGAGCCAGCAUCCUCUAUGUGCCAGCGGUGUACGGAGGGAUCAUGCCCAUGCCUCUCCCCUUGCCCUGGCCAAGCUAUCAGAACCGUUUUGCUAUGGACCCCCGCAUUAUGAACCACCCAGCUGCCAUGCACGCCUACAACCUGAACUUGUUGCAAGCUCCGAACAGAGGCUCCCCCAUCCCAUACCCUGGGGUGGCCCACCCGUCUCCUUUAGGAAUGGGACAGCCCAGCCCAGACAAAGAAAUGCAGGCAGAACCUAUAAGAAAUGGCAAAUUGGAUAAUUGUCCAAAGUCGGAACAAAGUCGUCUUCAUACACCAGAAAGAAAAGGCAUUGAUAUGAAGGAAAAACAGGGUGAAUUGGACACGAGCCCAAAUCGGAGCUUGGACUGCCAAACGGACAGCCUUGGAUUUCAUAAUGCAAUGCUUCAAAGAAAAGAUCCUGCUACUGCUCACCGAUCUAUGAACUAUCAUUUGGCUCCACCCAACGCUGGCUUUGCCUCUCAUUCAUCCAGCGGCCGACAGUUUCCCCCACAGUAUCUACCCAGACUCCCUAACCCUUACAGGGUUCAGCAUCCGGACGGGACAGAGUCUGGGGGUGCAGAAGAUGCUCCUAUGAGGACGUCAAUGGGACCUGUGGGUGGCCUCCACCCAGGCCUGUCCCACAAUCACCGGGUCAACAGUUUUGGAGAGGAUAGUCCGGAUGCAGAGAACGUGGAUCUACAUAAUCCCAUCUCUCUGGAGGUGUUGAACCAGCAGCAGCAGGCAGCACGCUUGGGUCAGUGGGGCGAAGCAGCAGGGCCCAUGCUCCAGGGUCCAGUGGCCUUCCCCAUGCCCCAGCCACUCGCUCACCUCCCUCAGCCAGGGAUGGCCCGCCUACCGUCUCACUUACUCCGCACAGCCGGUUGGGGGGUUGGUUCAAAUACAGAGGAAGAGUCUGUUCCUUCUGCUGCCGCUGGCCCAUCUUUCAACAGGUACCCUGGUCUCUUGAGAGAGAUUCCGAUACAAGAGCAGCCCGACUCCAGAGAGGUGUCGGAACUGCAGCCCCCACCUCAGUCACGGCUGCUUCAGUACCGACAGUCCCGAGCCUCUGCAGACCCCUCUGCACAUCUGGCCCUUGCUUCAAACCACAUGACCCUCUUCCCCCCUGGACCCUAUCCCCACGAUGCAGGGCGCUCACCCCUCACGGACACUGUCUUGAAUAACCCCCUUCCUCAACAGCAGGUGAAUCACCUUUUAAAUAGUGAAGGAUUUCCCCCUCAAACCCAAACUGCAGAGUCUCCACCCGCUCAUGUCAAAUACCUGAUGCAAGAGCCUCAGUGGCCCCUGGGUGCAACUGCUGCCACGAGCCCCCCACAGCACAAUAGCAUUCUGGGUAACCAAGGCCACAGACUUCCUUAUGGACUGCCCAUGAUGGCACAUGCCAGCAGACAGCAGCAGAUUCAUCUGAUGCAGCUCCACCAGCAGCAGCAGCAGCAACAGCAGCAGCAGCAACAACAGCAGCAGCAACAACAGCAGCAGCAGCAGCAGCAGCAGCAUCAGAGCCCAGAGGAGUCUUACCACUCACUGUCCCCCAGGACGUCUGCACCUACAGCUCUGCACAGUGUAGAUGAGUAUGAGCCUCGUGGUCCUGGUCGGCCUCUCUAUCAGCGCCGGAUCUCUUCCAGUUACCCAGAAGACACCCCGCAACAGCCCUGUAUCCCUGGCUCACAUGUCCUUCAGCAUCCUCAUGGCCCCCACCCGUUUACUUCUCACAAGCCCUGGCCGGCCAAUGGAGGGGAUCCAAACCCAUACCAGAGUGUUCCAUGUAAUGGAGCUGGAUCUAUUAGUCAGCAUCGGGAGCUUUUAGUGUCGAAAGGCCACCGUCCUUCUGAGGAGCAGAUGAACGCAGAAGCGGCAGCAGCAGCGCAGACGCACCUCCAGCAUCUUGGACAGUUCCCGCCCCUCAUGCCUAAUAAUAACAAACCACCACCACCACCCCAGCCUCCCUUAGAACCAGGGCCAAGUCCUCACAAAGUGGCACCAGGUGAGCUUGGUCCUGGUCCUCACCUGAGCAAAGCCCCCACCAUGUCGUACGCCAGCGCCCUGCGAGCUCCCCCCAAGCCCAGAGCCAGCCGGCCGGAGCUGAAGAAGAACAGUGACCCUCUGUCUCUACUGCAGGAGCUCAGCAUACGAGGUUCCAAUAGUAGCAAUGGGUACUACUCCUACUUCCCCAUGUCAGAGUGUCACCUCCCCCCACCCAACAAAUAA